GGACUGGACUCCGCGAAGUAGGUGUUGCCUAAGGACGUGGGCCCGGGGAGGGGAGAUUUCGUUCCUCAGAGCCGCAUCCAGAACCGAGGCCAGGAAUCACCUUCAGGGCAGUCUGGUGAAGCUUUGGCAGAAAUUAAUACGGAAAAUAUCUUCAUUGGAAGUCUGAGAAGUCUUCCAGAGAAGAGCCUACUUCCUGGAAUAUAGAGGUUCCUUGGCAUGGAUAAAUGUUCAGUGAGAGGAUUAGAAUUGACCAGACAGAUUCCUGCUUUGUUAGGGAGUACGGCCAUGGCAGCUAGUCUCAUGGACAUAGAAAAUGCAUGUGGUGAUCCAAUUAGUUCUUUAGUCAAUAGAUCUAGAAACUCAUCAAUGGAAGAUGAGGAUGAUGUUGUAUUUAUUGAAUCAGUACAACCUCCUUCAAUUUCUACAGUAACUGAUCAGAGAAAUUCUAUAUUUACGUCAUCAGAACAUAAACCACAAGGAAAUCAUCCCAUAUUUCUGCCUUCCUCAAAAGAUUUGGCUUCUCAGAAGGGAAAUAUAUGUGAGACAAUUGUUAUUGAUGAUGAAGAGGACAUAGAAACAAAUGCAGGGGAGGAGAAAAAUUCUUCCAAUUUUACUGAAUGGGGACUCCCUGCAACUAAAAAUAAUACCAAAGAUUUGGAUUUCUCCACUUCCAGUCUUUCAAGAAGUAAGACCAAGACUGGAGUAAGACCUUUUAAUCCUGGUAGAAUGAAUGUGGCAGGAGACGUAUUUCAGAAUGGAGGCUUUGCAACUCAUCAUAAUCCUGAUUCUUGGAUCUCCCAGUCAGCAUCAUUUCCUCGUAAUCAGAAACGACCAGGGGUGGAUUCUUUAUCACCAGUGGCCUUACUUUCUAAACAGAAUUUCCAGCCUUCAGUCCAACAGAAACUUAAUAAACCAGCUAAAAUCACUUGUGCAAACUGCAAAAAACCUUUACAGAAGGGGCAGACAGCUUAUCAACGAAAAGGAUCCGCUCACCUCUUCUGUUCUACCACCUGCCUUUCCUCCUUCUCUCAUAAACGUGCUCGAAAGACAGGAAAUGUUACAUGUAAAAAAGAUGCAUCUACAAAGAAGGCUACUGUUGUUACUCCACUAGAAUCAAGCAAAUCCUUCCAAGAAUUUUGUAGUACAUCUUUGUCUCCCUGUGAAGACAACCAGAAUCUUAGAAAAGGAUUUUUUAAUAAGUCAAGAUGUACAAUCUGUAGUAAAUUAACAGAGAUUCGCCAUGAAGUCAGUGUUAAUAAUGUAACACACAAGCUAUGCAGCAACCAUUGCUUUAAUAAGUACAGACUGGCCAAUGGUCUAAUAAUGAACUGCUGUGAACAGUGUGGAGAGUACAUGCCCAAUAAAAAUGCUGGAAACAAUAUCCUCAUUGGAGGUCAGCAGAAGCGAUUUUGCUCCCAAAGUUGUGUUACUGAAUAUAAACAGGUGAUGGAAACAAAAUCAAAAACAUCAGCAUUAGAACACAGAAAAAGAAAUGCCAUCAAAGAAGAAAAUGAAAGAAAAUUAUAUGGAUCAUCAAAUACACUUUUGGAAAAAUUAGAGAGAGUACCAGAAAAAAAGGAAAAGAUUUUGGAACUACAGGUUUCAGCAGAAUGUAACCUGGAUAAUUCACAGAACAAACAGAAUGUGAGUUUACCUCCUUCCAUAUCAACCAUAGCCGAUAAAUUUCAAGAGCAACUGGAAAAUAAAAAUUCAGAAGAUUCCAUUAUGCCAGUUGUGCUUUCUGCGGAUCCAGGUACAUGGCCCCGAAUUCUGAAUAUUAAACAAAGGGAUACUCUUGUUGAAAAUGAUCCACCUCAAGUAAGAAAUUUUAACUUUCCAAAAGACAAUACAGGAAGAAAGUUUUCAGAAACUUAUUAUACACGAAUUCUUCCAAGUGGUGAGAAAACAACUAGAUCCUGGUUACUUUAUUCUACCUCAAAAGAUUCUGUGUUUUGCCUGUAUUGCAAACUCUUUGGGGAAGGAAAAAAUCAACUGAAAAAUGAGAAUGGAUGCAAAGAUUGGCAGCAUUUAUCCCAUAUUCUUAGUAAACAUGAAGAAAGUGAAAUGCACAUCAAUAAUAGUGUUAAGUAUUCAAAAUUAAAAUCUGAUUUGAAGAAAAAUAAAAAUCAUGGAGCUGCAGAACAUAGAUUCUAUGAAGAUGAGCAAAAUGAUGGUGUGCAGCUAUUGUACACAUAAUAUACCUGAUUUGGAUUUUGACAAUGUCUUUAACAUUACUCAGAAAAGAUCUGUACCAUAAGUCAGUACCAUUAAGUUGUGAGUCUCCUAUUCAGAGUAACUUACAACAGUUCAUUAGCAAUAAGUAUAAUAGCAAAUAAAUAGUCAAGAAUGUUCCUGUUCCAUAUCUGAAACUAAUUGGUUUCAGUAGUCAUUAUCACAGAUUUUAGUGAAGACAGUUUUCAGUUGUCUGUCUGUCAGUUCUCAUGUUUUUAAAAUUGAUGUUUGAGAACUGCCAUGUUUAGUGGGGCUUAGUUAAUAUUCCCAGUUACCAUGAAAGAGGAAGGAAAGACUUGAAAUUAUUAAUGCCAAUUUGAAUAAGAUCACUAUGUGAACAAGCAUUCUCAUUUUAUUAAAGUAAAAACAUUGUUUCAGAAUGUUUAUUAUUAAACUGAAAACAUUGUUUAAGAACAAAAUGGAAUCUGAAACUACAGCUUUUGCUAUUAAACCAAAUAUUUGUGAUUUAUUUCUUUUGAAUGAAACAUUUUUCUAUUUGAGCAAAACAGCAUUAUUUCUUAUAUUAAAUAAGAUGACUAAUUUGCAUUUUUGUUUUAUAUUUUUGUUAUUUAAUUUGUAAAUGUUUAACUUUUGUUGUAUGAGAACUAUAAGCAUAAAGAAUA